AUGAAUGAGACAGAUUCGGGUCCUCCGACGCCCAACAAUGGCGAGCGCAAAGGCAAGUCCGCCAUGGGCGAGGCACUCUCCAAGACACCCAUCCGCAAGGACUCGUUUGAUAGAUUGGAUGGCUUCCCUGCGACACUCGAUUCCACCCCUCGACGCUUCUCAACAGGCGCCGCGAGAGUUCCCAUGCCCACACCGCACGUCAUGGCCGCACAGGCGGCUGCAGAGGAGGUAUUGGAAGAGAGACGGUCGAGGACACCUCGAGAACAUCAAGAGCUCAGCGCUGCAAUAUCACGAUUCCAGAUCUGCUCCGAUACCCCCUCCAUCGCGCGACUGGCGGCGCUGACGAGUCCUUGUUAUUUCCACAAGCGGUUUGGGGACGCGGUGGAUAUUCAGAAGGUGUUGGAGGAGAUCAAGUGCGAUGAUGAGUUGUCUCAUAGUCGGUUGAUGCAGACUGCGGCUUCUGUGAGGGAGGUUUCGAGACAAUUGCAGAGGAGACCGUUGCGACGGGCUGUGCGCAAUGUCAUGAUCAUCACCAAGGCGCGGGACAACAACUUGGUUACUUUGACGAGGGAGUUGGCGGAGUUCUUGUUGGAGACGCCGAGAUAUGGGAAAGACGUGGGUGUGCAUGUCUGGGUGGAUUCGAAGUUGCGACGAUCGAAGCGGUUCGACUAUGACUCGCUGAUGGCGCAAGAUGAGACUUUCAAGGACAUGCUGCAUUUCUGGACACCUGCGCUAUGCUUGGAACGACCUGAGCUAUUUGAUCUGGUCAUUACGCUUGGAGGUGAUGGUACAGUCCUUUAUACUUCGUGGCUGUUCCAGCGGAUUGUUCCUCCUGUGCUGGCCUUUUCCCUGGGAUCACUUGGAUUUCUCACCAACUUCGACUUCUCGAUGUACAAGGAACAACUGAAUCGGAUUAUGGGCGAUCAAGGCAUGCGUGUCAACAUGCGAAUGCGGUUUACGUGUACAGUGUAUCGAUCCGCAGCUUCAUCAGUCGCAGCAUCCUCAGCAUCCUCAGCAAGCGUAUCAACAACGACCAGCCAAUACGGAGGCGACGGACAAUCCAGCAAGAUUGAAGGCGAAACUCACGAGGUGUUGAACGAGCUGGUUAUCGACCGUGGUCCAAGUUCAUACAUUUCAAGUCUGGAUCUCUACGCCAACGACAGCUUACUCACGCGAAUCAGCGCCGAUGGCAUUAUUCUUAGCACACCUACGGGAAGCACGGCAUACUCGUUGAGUGCGGGUGGGAGCCUGGUGCAUCCUGACAUUCCUGCCAUCUUGCUCACCCCGAUCUGUCCACAUACAUUGUCAUUUAGACCGAUGCUGUUGAACGAUGACAUGGCACUGAAAGUUGCGAUACCAUCGACUGGACGUGGCGGUGCGUUUGUGUCGUUUGACGGCAAAGGUCGAGUGGAACUUGGUCGUGGGGAUGAAGUCGUCGUGCGAGCUUCGCAAUACCCUUUCCCGACCGUAAUGGGUCAACCUCUGGAAUGGUUCGACAGUAUAUCUAGGACUCUCCGGUGGAACACCCGCGCCGCCGAGCAGAAGGACUGGGCUGGUGGGGCGGCUGGCCACGGCGAUGGUGAUGGAGCUGACAUGGUGGAGAAUGAGGAACGAGAGAAAGGAUCACGAAGGAAGGAGCCCGAGUUCGAUAUUGAUUUUGAAGACGAUGAUGACCUCCCCUCAUCGACCAAGGACAGUGGGUAUGGCAACUCAGAGGCAGGAAAUGGGUCUGAGAAGCGGUGGAGCUAA